GUGCUUUAUUAUCAUUUAAUCCCAAUUUUCACAGAACGUGCAGGUCGACCCGAUCGUUAUGGUGUCUUGAUCCUGGUCGAUAGCAUCACGAUGCCGGCUAACCGUGGGAAGCAAGUCUCUACUCUUCUGGUCGGCCUGCAGCAUUCGCGGAGAUGAAGCUCGUCCUUGGGAUGCUUAGCACAUUGCACUCCAGGAUGGCGCAAUACAACGGACUGGUUAAAGGCAACCGUCCCGCCGGGUGCGGCCUGUCAGGAUACACGGAACCCGUAUUGCAACAGUGACAUCUGAAUACGAUUGCGAGCAUGCGUUUGUCAGCGCUGUCCCUGUUUUCCGUCGCAGCGAGCGGCGCGGUCGCGGAGAAGCUGCUCUACCGCAACACCUUCAGUAACAGCUCCGCCAUCGCAUCCUGGACUGCCGAGGGCCCGGUUGUCGCGAAUGUGACCAACAACACGCUGACGCUUGGUGGCGCCGGCAAAAUCGACGACUACUUUGUGUACUGGCUCCCUGAAAUCUUCCCAGAUCGUAUCAGGAUCUCGUGGGAUUUCCAGCCCGUCCAGGAGCCCGGCCUGGCCAUGUUCUUCUUUGGCGCAACAUCCGUCGCAGGCGGGAGCAUCUUCGAUCCCAGUCUGAAGCCGCGUAAUGGGAGCUACCCGCAGUACCACUCUAGCGACAUCCGGCUGCUGCAUGCGAGCUACUUCCGCAGACGCUGGCCCGAGGAGCGGCAGUUUCACGUCGCCAACCUGAGGAAGAGUCCGGGGUUCAAUCUUGUUGCCCAGGGUGCGGAUCCGAUUCCUGAUGUUGCUGACACGCGGGGGCAAUACUACAACAUCACGGUGGUCAAGGACAAGAGGGAGGCCAGCUUCUACAUCAACGGGCUGGAGAUUUUCAAGUUUGACGACACCAAGACAGACACGGGUCCUGUGGUCAGGGAGGGCAGGAUUGCAUUCCGCGGUAUGCAGCCGUUGAUCGCCAAGUACCGCAACCUGGAGGUGUGGUCGUUGUAAGAAGCAGUGGUAUUAAUGUAUUAUAGACCUUGUUCAGACCAAUAUAGAUCGAGUAGAUACCACCAUCGAACAAGACUACGACCUGUACGUCGGUACCCGAAAUUCUUGUGGAAUGGAGCAGUUGUUGUGAUUUUGCUCGGACUAUCAAUGAGGUUUCACAAGCUAUUUACAUGCGUCAUACAUGUUCAACGCUUCAAGUCUAGUGUGAGGGGACAUCUCGAGAGAUGUGUCUUAACAUCUGC